AUGCGUGUUAAAGUCAAAAUAUUAAGUGUACUGCUUUUAUCAAUUGAUCCACUAGAAAAUUUAAAAACGGGAGAUUCAUAUCAGCAAUUUUAUGAAAUUUGGGUUUUUCUGGAUGUUGCUGACAAUACAACUGAAAGAGUUAAAUCCGCUGUUGAUGAGAAUACGGCAAAUCUUGUUGGUCUAAGAACAGCUUGUCCUGAUGAUUUAAAAAAUUCAGAUGUGUUUGAACUUGAAGAUGAAAUUACUUUGAUAGAAGCAUCGAAAUUGUUUGUUCGUGGAGCGGUAAGUGGAGCAACGUGUGAUUUUAAAACGAAAUGUGCGACAAAGCACUGUUCAUGUAAAAAAGCAGGAGUCGCAUGUUCAACAAAAUGUCAUUCAAAAAGAGGUGCAUGCGAGAAUACAAAAUAA